CCCUGUCCGUGGGGCUCCACAUCUCCUCGAUUACUGGUGGACCACCCACGUGGAGCUGCGGGGGCUCGAUGAGGAUAACCCCCAGUACGUGGCAGGGAUGUCGGGGUGCCACCAGCGCGCGGGGCAGCGGCUGUUGCGGGGGGCCCUGCGGAACGGGGGGCUCUACGUGAAGCUGGGCCAGGGGCUCUGCGCCUUCGACCACCUCCUGCCCCCCGAGGUCACCUCCAGCCUGCGGCCCCUCGAGGACAGCGCUGACCCCCGCGGGCAGGACGAGGUGGACGCGCUGUUCCUGGAGGAUUUCCGGGCGCUGCCCUCGGGGCUGUUCCGGGAUUUCGAUUACGCUCCGGUGGCCGCGGCCAGCCUGGCUCAGGUGCACCGGGCCACGCUCCCCGACGGCACCCCCGUGGCGGUCAAGGUGCAGUACCUGGACCUGCGGGACCGCUUCGAGGGGGACCUGCGGACGGUGGAGCUGCUGCUGCGCCUCGUGGAGUUCAUGCACCCCGACUUCUCCCUGGGCUGGGUGCUGCAGGAGCUGAAGGGGACGCUGGCCCUGGAGUUGGACUUCGAGAACGAGGCCCGGAACGCCGAGCGCUGCGGGAGGGACCUGGGACACCUGCGGGGGGUGGCAGUGCCACGGGUGCACUGGGGACACUGCAGCAAGCGGGUGCUCACGGCCGAUUUCUGCGACGGCUGCAAGAUCAGCAACGUGGAGGGGAUCCAGGAGAUGGGGCUGGGGCUGCGAGACACCGCAGAGAAGCUGAUCCAGGUGUUUGCUGAGCAGAUUUUCUACACCGGGUUCAUCCACGCGGACCCUCACCCCGGGAACGUGCUGGUCCGGCGGGGCCCCGAUGGCAAAGCUCAGCUGGUGCUGCUGGACCACGGCCUGUACGAGACCCUCAGCGAGAGGGACCGGGUGUCGCUGUGUGGGCUCUGGAGAUCGAUCGCCCUGCGCGACCACGACGGGAUGAGGGACAGGGCGGCCGAGCUGGGGGUGCAGGACUACGUGCUGUUCUCGGAGAUGCUGAUGCAGCGGCCGCUGGGCCGGGGGUCGCUGCUGGGCCGGGGGCGCGCGCUGAGCGCGGAGGAGCGGGGGUACCUGCAGGCCAUGGCGGGGCAGCGCUUCCCCCACAUCGUGGCCGUGCUGCGCGCGCUGCCCCGCCCGAUGCUGCUCGUCUUCCGCAACAUCAACACCGUGCGCAGCGUCCACGCCGCGCUGGGAGCGCCUGCCGACAGAUACGGGCUCAUGGCACGCAGCGCGCGCAGCUGGAGCCGCCUGUGCCGGGGGUCCCGGGGGUCUCUGGGGCAGCGACUUUGGCUGCACUGGGAGAGCCUCAAGUUCGAGGUGGCCCUCAGGUUCGAGUCCCUUCGGGCCCGGCUGGCGGCGGCGGCGCUGCGGCUGCUGAGCCGCUGGGGGGCGCUGCCGCACGGGGAGCAGCUGCAGAGACUCCUCCAGGCCUGAGGGGGGCGCUGCAGGGACCCGAACAGCCCCCGAAACACCCCAAAAACGACGCCAAAAACUCACCCCAAAAACUCACCCCGCACGGAAACACCGAGGGGAUCGGCUGCAGAGAGUCCUCAGGGCCCGGGGGUGUGCCAGAGACACCAGAACCGCCCCAAAUUACCCCAAAAACUCAAUUCAUAAACCCUGAGCGGAGCAGCUGCAGAGAGUCCUCCGGGCCUGAGAGGGCGCCACAGGAACCCAAAACAGCCCCAAAUUACCCCAAAAACUCAUCCCAAAAUAAACUCCAAACAUUAACACCGAGGGGAGCAGCUGCAGAGAGUCCUCCAGGCCUGGGGGGGUGCCCAAGACACCCAAAACUACCCGGAAUUGCCCCAAAACCAGUGGCCGCUGCUCCAGGGGGGUGCCAAAAACAACCCUAAACACCCCCAAAACCGACCAAACGCCCAGCAAAGCCUUUCUCAAACCCCCAGCUCCUCCCCCCAGACUGGCUGUGAGCCCCCAAUAAACCCCCCCGUGACCCACGGGCACCCCAGGA